AUGGCCAGAGAAAAGACUACCCGCAAGAGUGCCAGUAUGUCAUUAACUAACUUUACAAUGAGCGAAAUCUUUAAACUCUCGCCUUAUAACAAAUACGUAAAAAGCGAACUUCCCAAAGUCAAAGCUGAUAAUCCAGACUUGGAUCAUAAAGCAGCAUUCAAAUUAGUGGCAGAGCGCUGGAAGAACUCUCCUGAAAAUCCAAAGAGUCCUGAAUAUCCAAAGAACAACCAAACCCAAAAGUGA